AGGCUACAUACAAUUACCUGAUUUUGCCUGUCGUCGAACGUCCAUACAUUUCUCUGUAACCUACAUACACACCGCAUAGUCUGAUCAUGUUAGGUACAGACUGUACUGGUGCUCCACCGGAUCUUGCGAAGUGCAGCCAGGAAGCGUCAUAGACUCCACGUCGCCAAGAAGACUCUCCGCUCUAAACUAGUCUACCAGCCCGACUCAUUUCUCAGGGUGGUCGGGCACUUUGGCCAAACACUACCCGCAGACGUAGAAACAUGCCUCUCCGGUUGGACAUCAAGCGGAAGCUGACCGCUCGGUCGGACCGUGUGAAGAGUGUGGACCUGCACCCAACUGAACCAUGGAUGGUUGCCAGCCUGUACAAUGGCAGUGUCUGUGUCUGGAACCACGAGACACAGACCCUGGUGAAGACAUUCGAGGUGUGUGACCUGCCUGUGAGAGUGGCUAAGUUUGUGGCGAGGAAGCACUGGGUCAUUGCAGGAGCAGAUGACAUGCAGAUCCGUGUGUUUAACUACAACACUCUGGAGAGAGCUCACAUGUUUGAGGCCCACUCUGACUACAUCCGCUGCAUCGCAGUCCACCCAACACAACCUUACAUCCUUACCAGCAGUGAUGACAUGCUGAUCAAGCUUUGGGACUGGGACAGGAAGUGGGUGUGUGGUCAGGUGUUUGAGGGCCACACCCACUAUGUCAUGCAGAUCGUCAUCAACCCUAAAGACAACAACCAGUUCGCCAGCGCCUCCCUGGACAGGACCAUUAAGGUGUGGCAGCUGGGAUCUUCCUCCCCUAACUUCACUCUGGAGGGCCAUGAGAAAGGAGUCAACUGUAUCGACUACUACAGCGGAGGGGACAAGCCCUAUCUUAUAUCAGGAGCUGACGACCGCCUGGUCAAGAUCUGGGACUACCAGAAUAAGACAUGUGUGCAGACUCUAGAGGGCCAUACCCAGAAUGUGUCCUGUGUCAGCUUUCACCCUGAGCUGCCAAUCAUUCUCACAGGCUCCGAGGACGGCACAGUGAGAGUCUGGCAUUCCAGCACGUACCGCCUGGAAAACACACUGAACUAUGGGAUGGAACGUGUGUGGUGUGUGUGUGGCCAACGAGGCGCCAACAGUGUGGCGCUGGGAUAUGAUGAAGGCAGCAUCAUCAUCAAGUUGGGUCGCGAGGAACCAGCCAUGUCUAUGGACUCUAACGGUAAGAUCAUGUGGGCCAAGCACUCUGAGGUGCAGCAGGCCAACCUGAAGGCCAUGGGAGAGGCUGAGAUACAGGAUGGAGAGAGGCUGUCCCUGGCCGUCAAAGACAUGGGCAGCUGUGAAAUCUAUCCCCAGACCAUCCAGCACAACCCCAACGGCAGGUUUGUGGUGGUGUGUGGGGAUGGAGAGUACAUCAUCUACACUGCAAUGGCCCUGAGGAACAAGAGCUUCGGUUCAGCACAGGAGUUUGUCUGGGGCCACGACUCCUCAGAGUAUGCUACUCGGGAGAGCACCAGCAUGGUCAAAAUCUUCAAGAACUUCAAGGAAAAUAAGUCUUUUAAACCAGACUUUGGGGCAGAAGGUAUCCAUGGUGGGUUCUUGCUGGGCGUGAGGUCAGUGAGUGGUCUGGCCUUCUACGAUUGGGAGAACACAGAGCUGGUCCGCCGCAUUGAGAUCCAGCCUAAACACGUCUUCUGGUCAGAGUCUGGGGAGCUGGUGUGUAUUGCCGCGGAGGAGUCUUUCUUUGUGCUGCGCUACCUGGCUGAGAAAGUGGCAACAGCACAGGAGACCAAGGAGGGAGUCACCGAGGAUGGGAUAGAGGAUGCUUUCGAGGUGUUGGGUGAGAUUCAGGAGGUGGUGAAGACUGGUCUGUGGGUGGGAGACUGUUUCAUCUACACCAGCUCAGUCAACAGACUCAAUUACUAUGUAGGAGGAGAGAUUGUCACCGUCGCCCACCUGGACAGAACUAUGUACCUGUUGGGCUACAUCCCUAAGGAUGACCGUCUGUAUCUGGGUGAUAAGGAGCUGAACAUCGUCACUUACUCUCUGCUGGUGUCGGUACUGGAGUACCAGACAGCUGUAAUGAGGAGGGACUUUGGGAUGGCCGACAGGGUCCUACCCACCAUCCCUAAAGAGAUGAGGACCAGGGUCGCCCACUUUUUAGAGAAACAGGGUUUCAUGCAGCAGGCUCUGGCUGUGUCCACAGACUCAGAACACAGGUUUGAGUUGGCUCUGCAGCUAGGAGAACUGAAGAUCGCCUACCAGCUGGCUGUAGAGGCUGAGUCGGAGCAGAAGUGGAAGCAGUUGGCAGAGCUGGCCACCACUAAGUGCCAGUUUGUCCUGGCCCAGGAGUGUCUGCACCAUGCCCAGGACUAUGGGGGGCUACUGCUGUUGGCCACAGCCUCGGGCAACACCACCAUGGUGGGCAAGUUGGCAGAGGGGGCAGAGAGAGACGGCAAGACCAACGUGGCUUUCCUCACCUAUUUCCUCCAGGGGAAACUGGACAAAUGUCUGGAGCUCCUCAUUAAAACCAACCGGCUGCCAGAGGCUGCAUUCCUGGCCAGAACAUACCUGCCCAGCCAUGUGUCUAGAGUGGUGAAGCUGUGGAAGGAGAGCCUGGGGAAGGUGAACCAGAAGGCGGCUGAUGCGUUGGCCAACCCUACAGACUACAGCAACCUGUUCCCCGGCCUACAGGAGGCCUUCCUGGCCGAAGACUACCUCAAGGAGACCCACGUCAGGCUGAGGCCCGCCGCAGAGUACCCUCUCAUCACCUCCAAUGAGAAUAGGAAUGUCCUGGGGGAAUCUGCAGAUUAUGUGCCAAAAGUAGUGCCUGCUGAACCAGAGGUUGCUGGGAGCAUGGAUGAAACCCCUGUAUUGGAAGCAGUGGUAGAAACCCCUGUAAUGGCAGCAGUGGUGGAGGCUACAACCCCAGAAGCUCCAGUAGUGGAAGAGUCCAUUGUCAUGGAAGAGGUAGAACCUGUUGCAGCUGCAGUAGUGGAGUUUAUCCCAGCAGUAGAAGAAUCUAUCCCAGUGACAGUAGUGGAACCAACUAUGGCUGCAGCGGAAGAAUCCAUUGAGUUGGCAGAGGAGGAACCCAUUAUUGUUGAAGUGGAAGCUCCCAAGCCAAAGGAGGCACAAUCAGUGGAAGAUAUCAUCACUAAGAUAGAGGCUCUUGUCACCAUAGAAAAUGACACAGAAGCACCCCUCUUGGUGCCAGAGGUAGCACAGUCCACCCCAGAGGAAGAGUUCAGAGCAACACCAGAGGAGGCUGUUGAGGAAGGACCUGCAACAAUGAAGCCCAUAGCAACAGAUGCACCUGUUACAGAGUUGGUCACAGAACCCAUUGUAACAGAAGCACCAGUUGCCGAGGAAGCGCCAGUGCCUAUAGCAACAGAACCAGAACCUGUUACCAUAGAAGCAGUGGUGGAAGCUGAAGCACCCAUUGCCGCAGCAGUACUAGAAGCCAUAGCAACAGAACCCAUGGUUACAGAACAAGCACCUGUUACCAUUGAAGUGGCAGUGGCAGCAGAAGCACCCAUUACUGAGGCAGUAGCAGAAGCCAUAGCAGCAUCUGAAAAAGCCCCAGUCAUUGUAGAAGAGAAUGAACCUGCCCCAGCACCACUCAUAGACCUAGCCCCAGCCAGAGACCUAGCCUCAGCCAUAGACCUAGCCCCAGCCAGAGACCUAGCCUCAGCCAUAGACCUAGCCCCAGCCAGAGACCUAGCCUCAGCCAUAGACCUAGCCCCAGCACCACUCAUAGACCUAGCCCCAGCACCACUCAUAGAACUAACCCCAGUCAUAGAUCCAGCUACAACCCCAACUGUAGAGGACAAGGCUGCAGCAGCCCCUCUAGCUGCCCUCUUAGAGGAUAAAGGUGUGGAGGAGGCAGCCCCUGCAGCUCCUCUAGCUGCCCUCUUAGAGGGUAAAGGUAUGGAGGAGGCAGCCCCUCUAGCUGCCCUCUUAGAGGGUAAAGGUGUGGAGGAGGCAGCCCCUCUAGCUGCCCUCUUAGAGGGUAAAGGUGUGGAGGAGGCAGCCCCUCUAGCUGCCCUCUUAGAGGGUAAAGGUAUGGAGGAUGCAGCCCCUCCAGCUGCCCUCUUAGAGGGUAAAGGUGUGGAGGAGGCAGCCCCUCUAGCUGCCCUCUUAGAGGGUAAAGGUGUGGAGGAGGCAGCCCCUCUAGCUGCCCUCUUAGAGGGUAAAGGUGUGGAGGAGGCAGCCCCUCUAGCUGCCCUCUUAGAGGGUAAAGGUAUGGAGGAGGCAGCCCCUCUAGCUGCCCUCUUAGAGGGUAAAGGUGUGGAGGAGGCAGCCCCUCUAGCUGCCCUCUUAGAGGGUAAAGGUGUGGAGGAGGCAGCCCCUCUAGCUGCCCUCUUAGAGGGUAAAGGUGUGGAGGAGGCAGCUCUAGCUGCCCUCUUAGAGGGUAAAGGUAUGGAGGAGGCAGCCCCUCUAGCUGCCCUCUUAGAGGGUAAAGGUGUGGAGGAGGCAGCCCCUCUAGCUGCCCUCUUAGAGGGUAAAGGUGUGGAGGAGGCAGCCCCUCUAGCUGCCCUCUUAGAGGGUAAAGGUAUGGAGGAUGCAGCCCCUCCAGCUGCCCUCUUAGAGGGUAAAGGUGUGGAGGAGGCAGCCCCUGUAGCUGCCCUCUUAGAGGGUAAAGGUGUGGAGGAGGCAGCCCCUGUAGCUGCCCUCUUAGAGGGUAAAGGUGUGGAGGAGGCAGCCCCUCUAGCUGCCCUCUUAGAGGGUAAAGGUGUGGAGGAUGCAGCCCCUCCAGCUGCCCUCUUAGAGGGUAAAGGUGUGGAGGAGGCAGCCCCUGUAGCUGCCCUCUUAGAGGGUAAAGGUGUGGAGGAGGCAGCCCCUGUAGCAGUAGCAACAGCAUCCAUGGACCUGCUGGACCUGAAUGAUGAGGGCCUUGACGACCUGGACAUGUUUGAUCUGGACGAUGACAUCGACACCACAGACGUCAAUCUGGACGAUGACUUCUUAGACGACUGAAACUCU